AUGUUCUUCUCAACCAUCACGGGCGCUGCCCUGCUAGCCGGCAGCGCGGUCGCCGCCAACCUCCCAACCAUCGAUAUCAAGGGUUCCAAGUUCUUCUACAGCAACAACGGCACGCAGUUCUUCCUGCGCGGUGUUGCCUACCAGGAGCCCUCUCCCUCUACCAACACAAACGGCUACAUCGAUCCCCUGGCCACCCUCUCGUCGUGCCAGCGAGACAUUCCCUACUUGCAGUCCCUGAACACAAACACCAUCCGUGUCUACUCAGUCGACCCAACACAGAACCAUGAUGACUGCAUGAAUGCCUUCGCCGAUGCCGACAUCUAUGUGCUCGUCGAUUUGUCUGCUCCUAACAAUGGGUCCAUCAACCAAAAUGACCCGCUCUGGAACACCGACCUGUACAGCCGCUACACCGCCGUCAUUGACAAUAUGAACAAAUACUCCAACUUGCUCGGAUUCUUCGCUGGUAACGAGGUCAUCAACUCCGCCAACACCACUGCGGCUGCCUCGUACGUCAAGGCAGUUGUGCGUGAUGCCAAGGCCUAUAUCAAGCAGAAGAACUACCGAUCCAUUGGUGUUGGCUAUGCUGCUGCUGACGUCUCCUCCAUUCGUGUUCAGCUGGCCGACUACUUGAACUGCGGAGACGAAUCCGACUCGAUUGACUUCUUCGGUGACAACGUCUACGAAUGGUGUGAUCCUUCUACUUACACAUCGUCCGGCUAUGACCAGAUCGUCAAGAACUUCUCUUCGUAUUCCGUCCCUUACUUCUUUGCUGAAUACGGUUGUCUGUCUCCAGCCAACGGUCGUACCUUCAAGAACAUCCCUACCAUGUACGGUGACCAGAUGACUGGCGUCUUGAACGGUGGUGUUGUCUUUGAGUAUUUCGAGCAGACCAACAAAUUAGGUCUGGUCACUUUGGAUGGAAACAGUGUCAGCAAGCUUCCCGACUUCAAGAACUUCCAGACCGAAAUCGCCACUGUCUCACCCAGUCCUACCCCCAGCUCGAAAUACAGCCCUUCCAACUCUGCUGCCGCCUGCCCGACCGUUGACGCCGUCUGGGCUGCAUCCUCCAAUCUGCCACCCACCCCCAACGAGGACCUCUGUAACUGCAUGAUGAGCACAUUGUCCUGCGCCGUCAAGUCCUCCUUCUCGUCCAAGUCCUUUGCUCAGCUGUACAGCCAACUAGGUGGAUACAAGAACAAGGAUGUGCUUGCAGGUGUUAACCACAACUCAACCUCGGGCGUUUACGGCGCAUACAGCAUGUGCAGCGAAAUCCAAAAACUCUCGUUCGCCGUCAACGACUACUACAACGACCAGAGUGACGAGAACAAGUCGAGUGCCUGCGACUUUGGCGGUGCCGCCACCUCCACUACCUCUUCCAGCCCUUCUGGCACCUGCUCUUCUUUGCUGAAUGAGGCUGCCAGCGGCACUGGCACCGUGACCUCCGCUCCCAGUGGUACUGGCGGCAGUGGCGGUGGCUCCGGCGCCGCGACCUCCAGUGGUCUCGCUAUGCCCAUGCACAGCCCUAGCGCUAUGGUAGUCGGAGCCUGGCAGCUGGCUGCCUACGUCGCCGUUGCCGCGUUCACCGGUGCCGGUAUGAUUCUUCUGUAG